UUGAGAAGGGAGAAGACUGCAAACAGGACGCGGUAUACUCACUCUUUUAGCCUUUACGGAGGACGUGUUUCCUUAUGGCUUCUCAGAGGGGGACUUUUUCCACCGGGUCACACUUUUUCUAGUGCGCUCCUUCAACUGAGUUGUCUUGUUAAUAAAAUCCGGAGCAGUCAGCUUUUGAACCCGUGCUGGUUUUUUCUCUCCCCUCUUUCCACACUGUGCGUAAUUUCUAUCCAGGAUCGAGAAAAAAGGCGACAUCACAACAACACGAGGACGAGGAAUCAACACAGAGAUACAAAACAAAACAAACGAACUGGUGGGGGGGGGGUUGGGAAAUGAAAGGCGUCUUGGAUAUCUGCUGGAUUUUCCUCCUGCUGCACACUCCCGGCGUGCUGUCCUUGUCCACACAUGUAGCAGUUAUUUACCCGCAGGACCCCGUCCUCCGAAUGGGGUCCAACCUGACCGCCAGUUGCUGGGUCCACCCCGACCUGGGCGUCCAUGCCAGCUCUCUGUUCUGGACGCUCAACGGUCAACAGCUGCCCGGCUCCCUGUACAGAGUGCUGAGCCCGACCAACCUCAGCGUGACGUUAGCCGGACUCAACGCCUCCAGGCAGACGUCCGGCGACAACCUGGUCUGUCACAACCACAAGGGACACAUCUUGGCUGGCUCCUGCCUCUACGUCGGGAUGCCACCAGAGAAGCCGGUCAAUCUGACCUGCUGGUCCAGGAACACCAAAGACCUGACUUGCAGCUGGGCUCCAGGAGGAAAAGGAGAGACUAACAUUAGCACACAGUACACAUUCAAGUACAAGCUCAGGUGGUAUGGCAAGGAGAAGGAGUGUGAGGAUUACACUCAUACGCAGCCUUACUCCUGCAGCAUCACUCGGGACCUGCACCUCUUCACGCCCUAUGAGAUCUGGGUGGAGGCCUCCAACCAGCUGGGCCGGGCUACCUCCGAUGUCAUCACACUCGACAUCCUAGACGUGGUCACCACGGACCCUCCAUCAGGUGUGGCUGUCAGUCGUGUCGGGCAGUUAGAGGACCAGCUGAGUGUUCGCUGGGAGGCCCCGCCUGCUCUCAAAGACUUCCUGUUUCAGGCCAAAUACCAGAUCCGCUACAGACUGGAGGACAGCCAAGACUGGAAGGUGAUGGAUGAUGUUGGGAAUCAGACAUCUUGUAGAUUGGCUGGACUGAGACCUGGAACGGUGUAUUUUGUCCAGGUUCGCUGUAACCCCGUGGGUAUCUACGGCUCUCGUAAAGCUGGGAUCUGGAGCGAGUGGAGCCAUCCUACUGCUGCAUCCACACCCCACAGUGAGCGGUUGAUGUCGGGCUCCUGUGACUCAAAGUCCAGCGGGGACUCCAACUCCACCCUGCGCAGGGAGCUGAAGCAGUUCUUCGGGUGGGUGCGCAAACACGCCUACGGCUGCAGCAGCAUAUCCAUGAAGCUGUACGACCAGUGGAGAGUGCUGAUGCAGAAAUCCCACAAAGCCCGCAACCAGGUAGGUUCUCCAAGGGGAUAAAUCCUAGCACCCGCUGCCUUUACGAGCAGAAAUCAAGUCAAGAAAAGAACUGAGUGAGUGUGUUUUUGUCUAUGUGUGUGUGAGAAAGAGAGAUAGUAUUCGUAUAUGGGAAUUAUAAGACAUUUUGCUCUGGACAUUUUGUGCGAAUACCAGCUGUGGCCAUGAGAGGACUUCCAACGAGAAUCUGGGAUUUUCUUCUUUAUUGCAUCUUUUCCAGUUGAGCACUUUUUUUGUCUGAAAAGGUGCAAUGAGAAGAUGGACUUGCCAUGGACAUCCUGGUAUCAUCAUUAAAAAAAAGAGACCGUGUGGACUACUCAAAAGACGUUGUAGCAUGAAAAAGUCGGACAUCAGUAAAGACGUUUGGCGUGUACCAAACAUCUAAGUGUUGGCCGAGAAUCUAAAAGUAUUCUAACUUUCACUUGUGGAUCCAAAGCACCAUCUAGUGGCUGUUCAGCGUCCGUGGAUACUCCAAAUCAAAGCUUUCACUGUGGUCCUGAUGUACAAAGAGAAAACGCAAAACAAAUUAUCAUACAGUAUUUCUAAGCCAUGCUUUGUUAUAUAAGUGCCAAACUGGUUCACCCAGCAUUCAUGUGUUCUGAGCGACAGUAUGUGACGGAUGGUGUUUGUGUGUGGAGACGUUUCACUGCCUUUAUUUUUGUACUGAACUGUACCAGCAUAUUUAAAACUGUAUAAAGUUAUGUUUUAUGUCUUAAGUUAUGCUUAGUUAGUAAAGAAAUAUCAAUGACUGAA